UGUAAAGUCUAUAAGCCAAGUGGGAAGAAACCAGCCAGCAGGAGAAACACUACUGCGCAUAUUCAGUGGGCCGCACAAUGCGGAAACAAACCUGAAGCUAGAAACGUUUUUGGCUGAUGCGCCAGGUGAGCAAUUCUUAUUGGACUGAGUAGGCACCAUUUUUGGUCCCGUAUCCAGCUCUUAUAAUACAUCCAUGUAUUAUUGCUAUUUUUUGUGGCGUUUAUUAUCAAUAUUUUUGUUUUUUUGCACAUACACUUUAAAAUUAUAUUAGGUAGGAUUAGACUACACUUCAUUGUCAGAUUUCUUUGGAAUAUAUUAUGUACAAUAUAAUGAAUAACCAUGUUUAUUACAAUUGAAUAUUACAAACACGCCACUGCAGUGCAAUCAAAUGAAUCACUUCACAUUCAUUCAUGCUACCAGCCAGAGAGAAUAUUCAUAGUUUAUGCAGUUUGAAAACUUAGUUGAAACGGACCCAAAACCUUUGAGCAUAUUCGAAACAGUCUCUAUAAAUCAUCAAGUUAUUGUACAGUUAACUGUACUCUAAUCAUAUGUGUCUGUGAUUAAUGGCAUAGUUUUAUAGCUAUUUUUUUUAGUUCCUUUGCCCUGCUCUAUCAUUUUGUUUAUGUGGUCUAUUUCUAACAAAGACAGUUAUACAUACACACACACACACACAUACAGAGAAAAAAACUAAAAAGACAUGCCUCCACUCCACUUGUUUAAGACAAAUCAGUCUGGUCUUACAGACAAAUUCUCAAUUAUCCAGUGAGACCUCAGUCAGAUGUGUUUCUUCUGUCUGUGAGGAAGCUGAAUCACUGUCAUACCACCCGGCCAUAUACGUUGCUGUUUUUUUCCCAAAGCAUGUCACUACAUGUCCUUAAAUUAACUUAACUGUGUGUGUGUGUGUGUGAAAGAGAGAGGCAGAAAAAAUAGUCACAUGCUUCUGUCUGGGUUGUAAGUGUCUGCAUGCCUUUAUCCAUGUAUUUGUCUUUGCAUUGUGUGUAUGCAUGUGUCUAUGUGUGUGUGUCUGUGUUUGCCCCCACACCACCACAGCAUCAACCACAGGAAGAGUGGGAGAGAGAGAGGAGAGGUGGACCACGGAGCGGUUAACCUCAUGACAUCACGAGCUUCGAGUUGAUUGGCUGCUGCCAGAGGCUGGAGGGUUUAUAAACCAACCAGGAGCCCCGGUCUCAGCAGCAGCAUCAUCGAGCACCGAGCAACAUCCAGGGAAACUCAGGAGCAUACUGAGCUUAAGUGAAGACAAACCACAUCUGUCUGGUACUACUCAACGUCUCUGCAGCCGCCGAACUCCUGAAGCUUUCUCCGUCUGCAAACAAGACACCAAACUGUGACACAAUGAAGGUGGCCGUUGUUUUUGUUCUGCUCUUCGCCACAGUUCUCUGCCGGCCGGCGAAACAAGUUUCUGUCAGCAGUUCGGCUAGCUCUGAAGAAGUGGUGAAAGCAGAGGUUCCUGUUGCACCUGCAGAGAUUUAUGUAGCAGCCACUCCCGCCAGCUCAGACGAGAGCACGGCGAGUUCAGAUGAGGAUGCGCAGGCCACAGCAGAUCCAACUACAUCCUCUGAUACAGUCUCCGACGACAGCCAGGACAGUGAAGACAGCGAUGAUGAUGAUGAAGCAGAGGAGAGUGAAACCGAGGAGGACGAUGACUCCAGCCACAGCUCAGAGUCGGGCGAGUCCUCCACCCCUGCUACUGUGACAGUCACCCCUGUGAUGGUCACAGAGGAGCCUGUGGCUGAAACCACCGUUGAGCCCAUCGUGCCCACCAUCGUCACUGACUCAGGCCGCGGCGACAGCAUGGGAGGUUACCCCAGCGACUACAAGUCCAUCAUCUAUGUGGAGGACAAAUCCUACCAUAAGGUUCCUGCUCCUUACAAGUCCUACGAAUUUCUUGGCACAGGAAAGAAGAUGGCCUACGACAUGACUGACGGCAACGAGGUGGAGAAGACACUGACAGUGUACAAGGCUCUUCAGGUCCACACAGAUCUGGAGGAAGACACUAGCACCCCUGAGGUAGAACACCAGGGCCUGGACGCCUCUCAGGACCAGGACGUCAGCUACCGCCAGGCCUCCUUCCCAGAUGAGAGCACUAGCACCAGCGACGCUAGCACCAGUGACGCUAGCACCAGUGACGCUAGCACCACUGACGGUAGCUCCAGCGACGGUAGCUCCAGCGACGGUAGCUCCAGCGACGGUAGCUCCAGUGACGGUAGCACCAGUGACGCCACCACCAGUGAGAGUGAAAGCUCCAGCGCUCCAGAGGAAGAGGAGGAGGAGGAGAGCGCCAGCACCGCCAGUGACAGCACCAGCGCCAGCCAGGAGUCUGAGGAUGAGGAAAGCAGCGAGGAGGCCACUGCCACACCCGGAGCUGCUGACAGCGAAUCAGAUGAGAGUGACAGUGCUGAGAGUGACUCAGAUGAGGACAAGGUGACACCUGACACCACUACUGACAUGCCGGCCGUCAUCACUGCCAAAUAAGCACUGCUCAUCCAGAAAAAUGGAGUGGAUGGUGGUGUCAGAGAUUCACAUAAAGAGUGCACGCUGCAUUCAGGUGCAAAAGUCCCCUCCUGAGCCACCUUCCACUGCAGGGGCAAACAGGGAUAACCAAGGCUCAAUCAACUAUCACAGUUACUGAUUUUAAUGUGUUCAGCCAAUAUUUCUGUGUUUAUUUGUGCAUCUUAUGAGUAGAAAUACUUUUUCUGCUGGGUUGUAUUUAAAUAAACCAAUAACUCUUUGCAUCCUGUGGUCUAGUCGCCCUGGUAAAUGUCAUUUUUGGCCCUGCAGGGGAAAGUGGUUGAUGUUGAAACUGACGAUUGCUACCUGCAACAGAGGGUUGACUGACCUCGUGACCUUUGCCUGCUCCUCUCUCACCUCUGUUACUGCAGGGUCAAAGGUCAAAACUGGAAAAGAACAAAGAAACAAAGUCCUGAUAUCUACACCAGCACAACACUGCAUUCAAUCAUUAAAUAUUAACAGCAAUAUGCAAACUUACAUUCUUUUUGUGCUUAUUAAAUAAGAGAGAAUAUGCACAGUUUAAUUUAAAUAUGUGUAACCAUUCAAGCAUAAUAAAAUUUAAACUUGACAUUAAGCCAUACAUUUGCUGCCUGUGUGGCUUAGCUUUGUUGCUUGCCAGUAUCAAAUUUGCUGGUGUAGAUAAAAGGAUGUAGACAUAGGGAAACUCAUCCUCUAAUACAGGAUUCAAUCAAGUAGAGAUGAACACAUAAACACACAAAACACAGUCCUGUUCGUUUGCACAGUCCUUACCUACACUACAUGUUGUUUGUCCCAUGUUGUUUACUGUAAUGUAUCAUAUUGUACCAUUUCUAAAGUAUUAAUAAAGUCAUUUUACAUAAAACAAGACACUGGUUGUUUACAUUUGUUUUGCAUGUUCAAGACAAACAGGCUGAGAAGACAGAUACAGAAAUAUCUGAAUAAGCAAAGCAUAAGAGUCAAAACUGUGAUACACAGAGCUGGGCCAGAUUAAAAAGAAUUAAAGGCCGUGUAAAGCAGUAAGAAAUAUGUGUUCUGAGUUUGUAACACCACAGAAAAAUGUGUAAUUAACCACCCAACCAAAUUUGAAUGAUUAAAA